ACCAAGUGGAAUCUUAUCCUGCCGCUCAGAAACUCUCUCUUUAGCUGUAAAUUAAUUAAAUCCAAAAGUGAUUAAGAAAUGAGGCUUGGCUGAAUUUUGUGUCCAUAUCGGCUACAUUACAACUGUGAGCUUAGAUGGAAUCCCUUGACUCCCAGCUGCUCAACUCAUAAGCCAACCACAAAAAACUCAGUUUCUGCAGUCUACUCAUGAGGAGCAGCUGUCCGGGGUACAUGUGGGCAAUCUCACGAUCUCUCCUUUCUUCGGAGAGAUUUUUCUGGCCACACAUCCCCGCUCCUUCAGGUACGUCUAGUUCUCUGUGUCCUCACCAGAAGUCCUUUUCUUCCCAAGGUAAUCUAUUUCAUUGCCAAAUCAUUCUUUCCAUUAGAAUUUUUUUUUCUGCAUGUCCAACUGGAAUCUACUUCCUUGUCAGUUAAACUCUUUGUUUCUUGUCUAAUCUUCUGGAACAACUCUGAACAAUUCUGCUCCAUCUUUCUACAUGACAGCCCUUCAGUUACUUGAAGACAGCUAUAAUUUCUUCCCCACAGCCUUUUCUUCUCCAAGCCUCCAACUGUUCUCCAUAUGUCUUUUCUUCCAGGCCCCUAGUCAUCUCACUUGAUCCCCUCUUGACAUGCUCCAGUUUGUCAAUGGCGUCUCUAAAAUACAAUGCCCAGGAUGGAAUAUAAUAUUCUAGUUGUGGUCUCAUCACUGCAAAAGAGAGGAACAAUGACUUCUCUGACACUACUAUUAAUGCAGCCGAGGGUUGCAUUUUCUUUCCACAGCCGCAACAGACUGUUGGCUCAUGUUCCGCUUUCGAUCCACCAAAAAACCCAGAUCCUUUCUGUGCAUCUUGCUGCCCAGUGUGAUCAUCCCACAUCUUAUCUCUUUGUUGUUGUUUUUCCUUUCCAAAUAGAAUACUUUUGCCCCUGUUGAAAUUCAUCUUGCUGGGUUUUACUCAGUGUUCCAGCUUAUCACACACCCCUGAAUCUUGAUACCAGCUUCUAAUGCUAAGCUAGUCCCUUUAUCAAAAAGGUAAACUCUGGUUUAUUGAAUAAAUCUGAACCAGCAGGAUUGGCACUAUGUAGUAAGCCAAAAAUAUGGAUUGCAAAGACUGGAUUUAUACAACUUGCUAACUCAAAACUGUUCUAAGUUCAAUAUACUUUGGGCAUUGAACACUGGGAAGGGAAGGAACAUGUCAGGUUACCCAGUAAGGGGGUUAGAGACCAACCGAAUCUUGGUUUCACACCAUUUGAAAAUUACAGGAUUGUUGGGAAAGCGUGAAACUGUUGUAGCACAGAUCUUGCUUGCUCAUUUAGGCAGUUGAAUAAUUCUAUAUGACUCAUAUUGGUUCUUAUCCAGGUUUUUCUGAUGACAGAUUGGAACUACCUAAAACAUCCUGGAUGAGUGUUGAAAUACUAGUCAUCUUUUGACUAGUGACAGGUGACAGGUAAUAUCAAUCAAAGCUAGCUUGCUUAUCCAAGAGGAAGCUGCUAUAAAAGAUAAGAGAUUUUCCAAGGUUCUCUCAAAGCCCUCACUGGUUUUGGAAAAUUGGUUCCACUGAUGCUUGGAAAAUUACACUACUAAGGAAACCAGAGGAUCUCACUUCACUACAAGACUGUUAAAGAAGACAGCUAUAUGCUAAAGGAAAAUCUUGGAAGGCCCACCAGCAACUCUUUCGUGAAGGCUUGUAAUCCAGUGUGCUGAUUUUACUGCAGGCCCCCUUUUAAACCAGACACAGGUUUUCCAACAAUGUUUUGCCAGCAUGAGAAUGUUGUCCAAAAGAGAUCCAGCGGAAGUGUGAUCAAGAGGGGCAAGCCAUCUGAUUCCAGGUUCCCCAGGCAGAUGGGUUCAUUAGGUCUGAAGGUGUUGAUCACCGGUGGAUCAGGUUAUUGUGGAUUCUAUCUGACCUGCGCUCUCAUCAGGGAAGGGAUCCGUGUUGUUUUGCUUGAUAUACUUAAACCUACAUGGGAAAUACCUGAAGGAGCAGUCUUCCUCCAGGGUGAUGUGCAGGAUUAUGAGAAAGUGCUCAAAGCUAGUGAGGGAAUUGACACUGUAUUUCAUUUGGCAAGCAUUGGCAUGGAUGGAGCACAGCAAAAAGAAGAGAUUGAGUCCGUCAAUGUGGGAGGAACAAAAGUGAUCAUUGAUGUUUGCAAAUCAGGAAACAUUUCCAAACUGAUCUAUGCCAGUACAGUGAACGUUAUAUUCGGAGGGAUUCCCAUUGAAGAUGGAGAUGAAACAUUGCCAUAUUUUCCGCCCGAGAAGCAAUGGGACAACUACUCCAGAACCAAAACAAUUGCAGAGCAGAUGGUUCUAGCUGCCAGUGGAGCCUCACUUCAGGGAGGAGAGAAGCUCCGAACAUGUGCACUUCGCUUCUCUGGAAUCUACGGCCCAGGAGAUCAGAGAACUAUUCCAGUGUUCAUCAAAGUUAUCCAGAGACAUCCCGUACACUUAAUCUCUGAAACCCCGGACACAUGGAUGAACUGGAUUCAUGUAGAUAAUGCAACACAAGCCUUCCUCCUUGCCAGCAAAGCUCUGACGGCAGAGAAAAAUUUCAUCGCGAGUGGUCAAGCCUAUUUUGUACACGAUGGAGAAAAAGUCAAUUUCUUCAAAUGGAUAGUAGUUCUGUAUGAAAAGUUGGACCACCAGAAGCCGAGUCUGUAUCUUUCCCCCUUUGUUUUGAAAAUCACAGCUAUCGUUAUGGAAUAUCUGCACUGGCUUCUUAAUCCCAUAUUUAACUUUACACCAUUGCUGACCCAAAUGCAGGUGAAAAGCGUCGUUGUUACCAACACUUUCUCGAUAGACAAAGCACGUAACCAGCUGGGUUACUCUCCAAAGCCGUAUUCGCCGGCCGAGGUGAUGGGCCAUUAUCUGCAAACAGAACCUACGCAUAAAGAAGAAGGAUGUUCCUUCCGAUAAUAUUCAUAUUUGGCUUUUAUUUUAUUGUGGGGUCCUUUAUUCCUUAUUUAACUGUUUUCAGAGACUUUUCAGCAUAUGGAGAACAAAUGGCUUGGUUUUAGGUGGACUGGCCCCUCUCGAGGGGGCUGAUGGCUCCUUUGGCACCGAGCUUUGACCUGACUUUCUUUUUUUCGUUUCUUAAUCUUGACAUGGGCGGAAGCAAAUCAGAACAGGGGAACAGGGGAAGGCAAAGCCCUGGACUGAGAGCUUGGUCGGAAAAUGGAUGAUGAACUGGAAGGUGGGCUGGACUACACCUUUCCGAGGUUGAAACCAUUUGUCCUAGGUACCGUAGUCACCAGUGUCUCUCCGUCACCUGUGGCAGCUCUUCAAAGGAGGUCCAAUCAGUACCCAAGAGUACUAUAUAAUUUUUGUGGUGUUUUAGCCCAUUAGCCAGCUAGGCCUUGUGAGUGCCAGCAAAAUAUUCUUUGGAGAUUCUCCCAUUACUUGUUACUCCCUUGUAAAGACAGCCUGAGGAACUUGCAUACUUCCCUUGCUUUUGAAAUUGUGCAACUGAAACUCUCGGAAGCAGGGUUUCCUUGGCUGGCUCGCAAAACGCCAGGUGGCCGCUGGAGGGCGGCCAAGUGAUACAGACAUCUCCAAAGCAUUGGCCCCAUCUAGUGGCCAUGUGGAGUUCUGCACCACAAAUACAACAUUUUAAACUCCGACCUUGGAGGAACGGUUAUAACCAGCCCCCGGGUCACCAUUUUCUUCUUCCCCAUUUCUGAUGUACUCAGUCUCAAAGCAAUCAUCUUGUGGAUGUGCAAUAGAGCCCUUCUCUUUGUAAAUCAUUUCGUCCUACUACAGCUAUUCUUUCUCUUCCCCUUUCCCAUCCUUCCCCAGCUCCAUGAUCACUUUUGCAGUGGAGAUGCUGGAGGGAGAAGGAAGCGCUGGCCCGGCUUACGAUUUCCCCAUCAACUCACGCCGGAUAAACGUUCGCUACCCAAACCUUUUCUUACAAGCAAAAGUGCUUCCCAAAAAUGGUGUGCAAGAACUCAUCCCGUGCACACAGACAGUUGCAUUAUUUGUAGAAUUAUUUGUAGGUUUGGACUGGAAGUUGAUUGUGGCCUUCAAGCUAAGAUCAAAUGGUAUUUAUCAUGUGGAAGGGAGGCUUGUCUGGAUGUUUGACUCAACAGAGUAACUCAGCUUCAAAGGCCUGUGACCACUUGGGGACAGCUUUAAAAAUAAAGCAAUUUAGGAAAGGCACGUGAGAGCCUGGAGGUUGCUCUUUGGGGAUUAGCACCCCAAAACCGGUCACAACGUUUACCGCCAUCGUGAGAUGUAUUAUGUUUCUGUUUAAAUAAAUGUAAUGAUUUCUAAGCUGAACAAUAAAUAGUCCA